AACACACGGUUGUGCCAAGGUCACAGCAGCGACGACAAACAGGCUGCAAGCAAGCAAGCAAGCAAGCAAGCUCCCAGUCUAGGCAGAGGCAUCAGGAAAGGGGCGGCCCUGGGGAGGCUUGCAAGGGAGGUGCGGAGUUCAGCAGCAUCCCAGCCGCGGAGCAGGAACCCGGGCGGUGGCGGACGGGCGAGCAUCCAGACGUGCGCCAACCAGCCAGCCGCUGGGCGCUUCUUUCCGCGGCUAUGGCGGCAGGCCCUGCCAUCAUGGGCAGCAGCGACCUCCGGUCGCCGUCGGGUUUGCCGGCUUGUCAAUCAUGCACGGGGGGGCCUCUCCCCUCCCCGCCGCACCCGCCGGUGGGCGAAGGCGAAGACGCUGCUCGGGGGCUCUCGGCAAAGUGGGGGCGACCACCAUAGGGCCGACCCGCCUCGGGCCCGUGAACCGACCCCCGGCCGUUGCCCCGGGGGAGCCGCCGCGAUCCCUUCCGGCUGCCGGGGCGCGCGGACCAUGCCCAGGAGGAGCACCGCCCGCCCAGCAACCGCCAACCCCGGGGCGGUGACCGGGCAGCUCCUCCUCCUCCUUGUCCUCCUCCUCCUGCGGGCCGGGCCCGUCCAGUCUGCAGGGACCGGAGAGGCAGGCGGCGGCGGGCCGGGGAAGAGGGGCUGCCGCGGCUCCGCCAUGGCUCGGCCUGCGCUGGGGCUGCUGCCGCUGCUGCUGCUGCUGCUGAGCUUCUCCGCCUCCGGGAAGGACAAGAGCGGCCCCGACGAUCUGACAUUCGUCUCAGAGUAUUUCUCCCAGAGCGCGCAGAAGCUCUCCUUCUACACCUGGUACAGAAAUGCCAAACUCUUCCGCUUCCACGUGCCAGAGGACACGGUCCUGCUGCGCUGGCUGCUGCAGGCAUCCAGGGGAGGAGGCCCCGAGUGCAGCAACACCCAGGUCAUCAUUCACUUCCGCUACGGCGCCCCUCCUGUCAUCAAUCCCCUGGGCACAGAGUUCCCUGCCAACACCAGUGUGCAGCCCUCCUACACGCGGACGCUGACCCUGACGGCCGCUCUGCAGAACAGCACGUUCGUCAACCUCACCAGUCCCGCCGCCGGCGACUGGUUCAUCGCCGCGCACCUGCCUGAGGCCGACGGCAAGAUUGAGGUGAAGGGCUUCUCCAUGCCGUGCGCAUACAUCUUCCAGCCCGACAUGUUCGUCUUGCGCAUUGUGGACAUGGCAGUCCUCGAGCCCAACGUUCCUUUGCAGCAGACCAUCACCAGGCCGGCGAGGCCAGUUCAUGCCAAGAUCUAUGUCCCGGAGUACAGUGCCACCUUGCACUUGGAGCUGCAGAGCUGCACGGUGAACGUCUCGACAGCCUGUGCGGUGCUACUCACGCUGGGCUCCAGCACGCUGCCUCAGUCCUUCCAGCAGGUGCUCAACUGCACUGGCCGUGAGCCUUGCAGCCUCCUCCUCAGUUCCCCGCCCUGGGAGAAGUGGCUGCGCUUGACCGUGGAAAGUCUCAGCGGCCCUGGUGCCAGCGUUUCCUUUGAGAUGGUGGCUUCUUUCGCAGCCUGCAAGCCUGGAGGUGCCGGCUCCUUCCUCAGUUUCUACAGAACCCUGAACCGCAGCCAGGAGUCGCUUCUGCGGGCAGACAGGCCGAACUCCACCCUGCUUGCUGCAGAAGAGGCCCACCGUGCAUCCGAGCAGAAGCGCUCCUGCCUGCACGUCCAGCCGGUCAUCCGGGAGGACCUGGACGUGAUGUCUGUGCAGUUCCGGGUCCUGGGCGACACCAGCGUCUCUGCGCAGGCCGAGUCCCCGACCGUCCUCCUCUUGAACCUGAACUCUGGCUUGGACAACGGGGGGACCCUGGUGCUGAACCUCAUGCUGAACAAGACGUCCUUGAGUCACGGGAACGCCACCGUCCUGGUGUGCUUGAAUGCCGCUUCCCCUGUGCUAUCCCUCAACGCCACACGGGGCUGCAGGACAGCGUUCUCCCAGGGCUCUCCGCUGAACGUGACGGCGUCCUCGGCGGAAGCGGCUCUCAUCCUCCCGUUCCCGCAGUCCGACAACUGGUUCCUGUCCUUGCAGCUCCUCUGUCCCGAGGGGGAAUGCGAGGGAGCCCAAGCACAGGUGGCUGUCCUCGCCUACCUCAGCCCCUGCUUUGAUGACUGCGGGACUUACGGACAUUGCAGCCUCCUGCAACGCCACAGCUACCUCUAUGCGGGCUGCAGCUGCAAGGCGGGUUGGAGCGGCUGGAGCUGCACGGACGGCACCAAAGCCCAGUCCGUCGCCACCCAGACACUGGCCACCCUCCUGCUGACGCUCAGCAACCUGCUCUUCCUUCCCGCCAUUUGCAUCGCUCUGUCUCGCUUCUACCUGGUCGAGGCCUCCGUCUACGCCUUCACCAUGUUCUUCUCCACGUUCUAUCACGCCUGUGACCAGCCUGGGGUGGCGGUGCUCUGCAUCAUGGAGUAUGACACCCUGCAGUUUUGUGACUUCUUGGGCUCCGUGGUCUCCAUCUGGGUGACGAUUCUGUGCAUGGCGCGAGUGAAGAAGAUCCUGAAAUAUGUCCUGUGUGUGUCAGGGACCCUGGUCAUUGCCAUGUCUCUGCAGCUGGACCGCAGAGGGGUCUGGAACAUGAUGGGGCCUUGCCUCUUCGCCCUCGUCGUCAUGACCGCAGCUUGGGUUUAUCAUGGUGUGAAACGCCACCACUGCUACCCGCCCUCCUGGAAGCGCUGGGCCUUCUUCCUCGUCCCCGGCCUCAUCCUGGCUCUGGUGGCCAUUGCCGUCUAUGCCUUCAUGGAAACCACGGAGAACUACUACUACACACACAGCAUUUGGCACAUGCUAGUGGCCAGCAGCGUGGCCUUCUUCUUGCCCCCGGGGGACAAGCACAAGGAUCCGUGGGCCUGGUCCCGGAAGCUCCUCUGCCGCUACCAGAUCUGCAAGAACGACCGGGAAGAGCUCUAUGCCGUGACGUGACCAGGCGGGCCGGGGAGGAGGGCUGUGCCUGUGGGGCUUCCACCUCAGGGCCCUUCAGGCUUGUGGGUCGGGAAGCCAGCGGUGCCUCCAGGUGCUGCUUGAGCUUGCGGAGAGCAGGCCCUGCUGGGUGGAGGAAGGACUUUGAGUGGUGGGAAGUCUGGUGCAUGGACCACAAGAGAUGCUCCCGUUUCCACCCUGCCCCAGGCAGGGCAGCUCUGUCAGAAUGUGGAGCCUCUGAAUGCCUCCUGCUCACGGGCUCUGCAGCUGCCUCCUCUUGGCGGAGGGAGACGCGGGUUGCCGGGCCAGAGAAGCCAGCGAUUCUGCCAACUCCGGAACUGCCCUGAGGGAGGCAUGAGGGUGGCAAUUGGGGCCGAGCCCUGCUUGCAGGGUGGCGGUGCUCGGGAUCCCAUGAAGUAAGGCAGGCCUGCUCAACUGAGCCCCCACCCCAGGUGUGUUUGAACUACAACUCCCAUAAUUCUCAGCCACAGUGGCCAAUAGCCAAGGAUUAUGGGAAGUGUAGGUGACCAUCUGCAGGAGGGCUGGAGCUGAGCAGCCCUGAAAUAAGGCCGUGAAAUAGUGCCCCCCUGUCCCUAGCCUUGCUCCACUAGGGAUGGGGGCAAGGCAGUGGGAGCUGGAGUCUCCAGGGUGUGUGUGGGUGUGUGUGACACACACAAACCAGGCUUGCGGGACAAGGGAUGGGACCAGGCGAGAAUCUUCGCUGACUACACUUGUGUCUUGCUCAGAGGUGCCUCCUCCACCGGCUGUAUUUUGCAGUGGCUGUGCCUGGGACAGCUGCCUGGUUGUGAGGACCCUGUCGUGGGCCCCCCUAGGUGCUGGCGUUGUCUGCAGCCACAGUCUUUUGCCGCCUUGUGGAUGGCUGUUGUUGGCAGGCCUAGCUUGGUGGUGACUGUAAGUCACGACAAGCCGCAGAAGGGCAAUUCCCUCCCGGGCCCUGCGGCUGCUUCUAACAGUGCAAAUCUAGCCAGGCUUUCUCAGAGUCGCCCAAAUGGCUGGCUGGCUGGUUUUGAGUUGAGAAGGGUUAGGCUGGCCCCGCUUGCACCUUUGCUUUUAAGCAGACCCCGUAGCUGUGAGUUGCACUGGCUGAUGCAUUUAUGUCUGUCAUCCCAAAUAGGCCACUGUGGGGCAGCCCCCACUCCCAUUUUAGGGGAGCAGCACUGAAUAUAAAAGCCUCAAGCCAGAGGGGCUGAAGCUGAAAAAGGGCCAUUUUGUGUUGGGAUUGCCACACUGCCUCCAAAUGGCUCCUGCCCUUGUGUCUCUUUCUGCACAUCUGUCAGAGCAGGUGGCUGUCUGUCUGGUGCUGUCUUUGCUAAGAACCAGGUUUGUCCCCCUGGCUCUUGCUGUAGUGGCCCCAUGCUGUGUGGGGCUCCUCUGCCAGGCCAGCCUGGCUGUUAGAAAAACUUCUUUUGCACAACUUGGAAAGUCAAGAUUGUUUCUGCAGGAACAAGAAUCCUUUCAGAGCAAUCAGGGAAGGGGCUGUCCAGGUUAUUGGAUGUGUGUUGCUAGCUCUUUUCCAAUCACUGCAGGGGAUGAGCCAAUCUUAACAGGGAAAAGGGUUAGUUUGCUGAUUACCUCAGGGAGAACUUGGACAACUGUGCUUCACAGAGACCGAUUUGUAUGCUGGUUUUGUUGUAUGUCAUACUCUGUAUGUGUAAAGCUCUGCUGAAACAGAAGUGUCCUUUUUAAUGAAGAAAAGUCAUGUCCACUGUG